AUGGCAGUUGCAUACUACAUAUGUAUGGGUGCCUCUGCCAGUUCAGCUAGAAGUAUUAUUGUGGAAGACAUGCUUACAGGAGAGACACAAAUAUAUGACCAAUUUCACGCUAGAAACACGGCGGCAGAAGCACAAAGGUGUGCUGGGAGAUGUCAACUCAUACGAUCUGCUGGAAGAGUGGCCCCAAUUAUUAUCAGAAACUGCCAAGAAGAGUUUCAGCACUUCCUCACCUUCAAAGAGCCAAUCGUAUAUGGUCGUAUAGCAAACUCGCUGCCAGAACACCCCCUAGUUCGGAAUAAAUAUAUUUUGGUGAAAGAUGUUUCUGACCAUUUUGACAAGUUGAACUCAAUGGCAACAUAUGACACUCCGAAUGUGCGCAGCAACGCGGCUGGUUACAGUGUAUAUGCCAUGGGCCAGCCCUCCCUGCAGGGGAUUAACAAUAUCCUGUGCAAAUUAACACAGGAUAAUAUGGAGAUCAUAGAAUUGGGAAGUUUGAGAGACGAUGGAUGCUUCUUUUUCUACACUGAUUUGAAGAACUUAACGUGUAAACCCCAGAUGCUCUGCGUGUCCCACGAGGACUUCAUUACAUCCAGCGAGGAGGUCUACUCAAGACUUACCUUUUACAACCCGCUGAUCAGAUAUGGACGACUUUGUUUUCCCCCCGAGGGUGCCCCGUCUGAAGCGGAUUUUGACUCAAUACUCAAACUGUAUAAGGUCGAUACCAUGAUCAACAUGUGUGGGAGACUGCAUCACCUUAUCGACAAGCUGAACGACGCCAGAGAAACUCUAGAAAAUGUAACCGAAGAUUACACGGUCGAUGGUGAAAGCGCAAGACUGCGAUUCCACAAUCGCUGUAAGAGAUAUCUGGAGCGGUACUUCUACCUGAUAUGCUUCAACGCAUAUCUUCAUGACCAGUAUGGUUUCAGGUUCCACACCAGUUUCAGCCAAUGGAUGCGUGACAACCCCAUGUUAUACAGGCUUCUUGGACAACUAGAUAUAUCUGAGAGAACGACAAAGCCCAGUUUGCUCUUAGAUAAUACGCGCUACUUGGUAGCAGAUGACCACGUGGGGUUAGACGUCCUGAGCACUAAACUGGACGUAUCUGUGUCAAACUUCAGAGAUAUCAAGAAGAUUCCUGUUUACGGCAUGGCUCAACCAAAUAAAGAGGGCCUCAAAUUGGUAAUACAACGGUUGACAAGCAGUCCAAAAAAGCACCCUGUAGUUCUGGUAGUAAACGUGCGCGACGAUCUGGCGAUCCAGUGCGGGGAAAAUACGUACUGCUGGAGAGAGGAAGCAUUUCUGGAUGUGCCGAUCUCCAUGGAUGGUGUAUCUGACACGGAGAUAGAGGAGAAAGAGAGAGCGCUGAAGAAAGAAAUUGUAGAGAACAACGGUUUACAGGUAUAUGAAGAUAUUACCCAACCACGGAGGUUACUCCAGUUUGACACUGUGCUUACGCCACGAGAAAUGGCCGAAGAUAUCAUGCGUAAGGCGUCUGAAAAGGUCCUCUAUCAUCGUGUACCCCUCCCUGGCGACAGGGGGUUAUCGGAAAAGGAAUUUGACAUUCUGCUUUCCAUGAUAUAUCAAGUGGAGGAAUUUUGUCCAAACGGAGAAGAACCCGCUAUCUUGUUUUAUUGUAGAACUGGAAAAGCGAGAACGACUACUGCCAUGGUGGUCGCAAGUUUAAUACAUGGACAUUUAAAGGGAUUUCCAACUGGGACCAACCCAGGUGAACAAGAACGUGUAUCUGUGCCUAAUGCUGCUUUUACGAUGGGGAAUUUUAAGAUCGUCUCAAAAUUGAUACGUAUUUUACCGAACGGUCCACAGAUCAAAAGAGAAGUGGAUUUCGUGUUAGACCAGUGCUCUGAGACGAUGACUCCGAUGUACUACCACUUAAGGGAAUUGAUUUUUUCGACUUAUAAUAAGACGCGUGCUGCAAAGACUCCUUCGGAAGCUGUGUCUUUGAAAAGGUUAAGCCUGGAUUACCUGGAACGCUAUGUCUACUUGAUCAUCUUCAAUGCCUAUCUGCAUGCUGAGAAAGCAUCGGAGUGGAAAUACACGUUCAGCGCAUGGAUGCAGGAGGUCGGACCCCGCACAGGACUGUACAACAUCCUGGACUCGCUUGGGUUUCCAGAGUUUGAGCCACCGUCACGUUUUAGCACGAUGAGAGGAAGGUGGACAUUUCGAGACAAUAAUCUGCCAUUUAGGGGAGAAUUCAAAUAGUUGUCUCCGGUGGUUAAAUAUAUCAAGUAUUAAUGCAUUAAGACUACAAAAUUAUAUAGGCCAGGGUAGCCUAGGGGAGGAUCCACGAUUAUUUGAAGGAUUCGAAGUCGACCCCCCCCCCCCUUGGCGUCCAUGGGUUCAAGGCUCGCUGAAGGGCACAAACAAUGUUGGUAUUUUAGAG